UCAAUUCAAUCUAAAGUGUAGUUUAUUAACCAUUUGAAUCCAAUUACUUGUUUUGUACGUUAUCUCUAGUGUGUCACAGAAUAUAAAUUCAAGCUUCUUCUGCUCACUUUUCUAGUUACAAUAUCUAGCUAUUCAGAACCACUACAAACAAAAGUGAAAUGGGAACCACUAAUACAACCAAGCCUAACCUUGAUUCUACAUUCAAUGAACGUAAAGCAUUUGAUGAAACAAAAGCUGGUGUAAAAGGACUUGUUGAUGGAGGAGUUGAGAAGAUACCAAGUUUAUUCCAUCAUCAACCUGACAAAUAUGAGAUAGCCUACAACACAAGCCAUGUUAUUCCUGUCAUAGACCUUAAAGAUAUUGAUAACAAAGAUCCAAGUAUUCAUCAAGGGAUUGUUGGCAAAAUCAAGGAAGCAUGUGAAACUUGGGGGUUUUUUCAGGUUGUUAAUCAUGGAAUCCCUUUGAGUGUUCUUGAGGAGAUGAAGGAUGGUGUGAAGAGGUUUCAUGAGAUGGAUACAGAUGCUAAAAAGGAGUACUUUUACACAAAAGAUAGAAAUAAAUCAUUUAUUUACAAAAGCAAUUUUGAUUUGUAUAGCUCACCAGCACUCAAUUGGAGGGAUACUUGUGCUUGUUACUUGGCUCCUGAUACUCCCAAACCACAAGAUUUUCCUGUUGUAUGCAGAGAUAUAACCCUAGAAUAUGGGAAACACGUGAUGAAUCUAGGGACUAUGUUGUUUGAAUUUUUGUCAGAAGCAUUAGGUUUGAAACCAAACCAUCUAAAAGAUAUGGGUUGUACUGAAGGGCUGAUUGCUGUUUGCCAUUAUUAUCCUUCUUGUCCUGAACCAGAACUGACUAUGGGAACAACUAAGCAUUCAGACCAUAGUUUUCUCACAGUGCUUCUACAAGACCAUAUUGGUGGUCUCCAAGUUCUUUAUGAAGAUAAAUGGAUUGAUAUAACACCUGCAACUGGAGCUCUCAUAGUUAAUAUUGGUGAUCUUUUGCAGCUUAUAACAAAUGACAAAUUCAAGAGUGUUGAACAUAGAGUAGUUGCAAAUCAAGUUGGUCCAAGAAUAUCUGUUGCAUGCUUUUUUUCAACAGGUCUUAGGCCAUCGUCAAAGCUCUAUGGACCUAUGAAGGAACUAUUAUCAGAAAAGAAUCCUUCCAAAUAUAGAGAAACCACAGUUGCUGAUUAUGCAGCCUACUUUAAAGCAAAAGGACUAGAUGGUACUUCUGCUCUUACACAUUACAAGAUUUGAACUAGGCAGUGUGGAAGAAAAAAUAGUAGAUCAUUUUCCUAAUACAAAUAAUUGAAUAAACUUGGUGAGUUGAUGGUGAUGUAGUUAUUCAACAAUUCCACAUGAUGAUGAUGAUAUAAACUUGAAAUAUGGUGUGCACAUAUUUUCUUCAAUUCCACAUGAUUAGAAAUGUAUUUUGGUGCUUUUUUUUUUCCUUUCU